CACAGCUGCAUCUAGCUGCAGGGUCAAGAGCAGCAAGCAGUCAGCGAGUCCCAGCCCCUCCUCCAGCAGCCGGCACCCCCAAAUCCAGAGUAGAAGUGCGGCAAGGCAGGAGCCGCAGCAGGACAAACCGCCAACCUCAAGACACUUUUCAGAACCUCAGGAUGCAGAUGUCUCCAGCCUUUGUCUGCCUCGCCCUGGGCCUGGCCUUCGUCUUUGCGGAAGGGUCCGCCUUGCACCCUCACCGGUCCCGGGCAUCCCACCUGUUCACGGACUUCGGCGUGAAGGUGUUCCAGCAGGUGGUGCAGGCCUCCGAGGACCGCAAUGUGGUUUUCUCGCCCUAUGGGGUGGCUUCCGUGCUGGCCAUGCUGCAGGUGGCAGCAGGAGGAGACACCCGGCAGCAGAUCGAAGCAGCGAUGCAGUUCCAGAUCCACGAGAAAGGCAUUGCCCCCGCCCUUCGUCAGCUGCACAGAUCGCUCAUGGGGCCGUGGAACAAGGAUGAGAUCAGCACAGCGGACGCCAUCUUUGUCCAACGAGAUCUGAAGUUGGUCCAGGGCUUCAUGCCCCAUUUCUUCAGGCUGUUCCAGAGUACAGUCAAGCAGGUGGACUUUUCAGAGGUGGAAAGAGCCAGGUUCAUCAUCAACGACUGGGUGAAGACAAACACUAAAGGCAUGAUCAGCGACUUGCUUGGCGAAGGGGCCGUGGACCACCUGACGUGCCUGGUGCUGGUGAAUGCCCUCUACUUCAACGGCCAGUGGAAGAUGCCCUUCCCAGACUCAAGCACCCACCACCGCCUCUUCUACAAGUCUGACGGCAGCACCGUCUCUGUGCCCAUGAUGGCCCAGACCAACAAGUUCAACUACACUGAGUUCUCUACGCCCGACGGCCAUUACUAUGAUAUCCUGGAAUUGCCCUACCAUGGAGACACGCUCAGCAUGUUUAUUGCGGCCCCCUAUGAAAAAGAGGUGCCUCUCUCUGCCCUCUCCAACAUUCUGGAUGCCGGGCUCAUCAGCCAGUGGAAAGGAAAUAUGACCAGACUGCCCCGCCUCCUGGUGCUGCCCAAGUUCUCCCUAGAGAGUGAAAUUGACCUCAGGAGGCCCCUGGAGAGCUUGGGGUUGACCGACAUGUUCAGGCCAGGCUGGGCGGACUUCACGAGUCUUACAGAUCAAGAGUCUCUCUACGUGUCGCAGGCACUGCAGAAAGUCAAGAUCGAGGUGGAUGAGAGCGGCACGGUGGCAUCCUCGUCCACAGCCGUCAUGGUCUCAGCCCGAAUGGCCCCCCAGGAGAUCAUAAUGGACAGACCUUUCCUCUUUGUGGUGCGGCACAACCCCACAGGAACAGUCCUUUUCAUGGGCCAAGUGAUGGAACCCUGAACAUGGAAAGAAGAAGCCCUUCUGUGGGACAGAACUGGAGACGUUUCCAAAACAGAAGACACUUUAAAAAAAAAAAAAAAGAAUUUUCAUUUUAAUUACAUUUUCUGCAGAAACAGAAGACAUU